UGGUAAUGAACAUGGCUGCCGCGUCAUGAAUGAACUUCGAGAGAUUAAUGGUGAUACUUUCUCCAAUUUCAUCUCGAUGUGUGGGACACAAAUAUGUUCCAUAAAGGGAGAGCCUAUCCGGAUAUCAAGAAAACUACGCACAGAUUCAUAGAUCCCAAAAAAGAAAGCCAAAGUCGGCUACGGGCUCUACGAACUCUGUUAGAGUACUUUGAUCCGUCUGACUCAAGGAUAUUUUUUAGUAGCCAUUAUUCGGAAAUAUUCUACGUAUUUCACGAUGUAUUUUCCAUGGUUGAGACGAACCUCAAGACUAAAGGCCACAAAUCGCAAGCGGGAGACCUCGAUUCGGUUCUCUUCAUUUUAGAGAGAAUAUUGCGCUAUCUUCCUGAAUUGAUUCAGAAGCGAUGGCAGUUCAACAGUAUUGCACGUGUAAUGCGAAAGCUUCUUCAUCGUGGAAAUGUCUUAAAGCUACGGCGAGAGGGUGUUCGUCUGUUCAUGCUGUGGUUCCAAGCAUUACAGGACAACUCAGACGAGUUGUGUCAGCUUAUCUAUGCAUGUUUGAUUCCUGGUUUUCCAAAUCCUGUUAAUGGUCUUGACUGGAGUAAGAACAAGCUGUCCAAAGCUUGUGCUGAAGAAAUAUAUCUGUCAAUCGGUGACUUGGCAUCCAGGGAUCUGCUUGCUUCAACCCGCAACAUGCAUUUGUUUUCUUCUGAUGGAGAGAGAGAAGAGUGGUGUUUCCCAGAUGAGGUAGGACCAAUUCUUCCAGCAAAUCCAAGUGAAAGGAUGCCUUCCCCAGAAACACUGACAAAGUUCUUCCUGGACAGAGUGUUGGACUGUAUGAGUACUCAGCUUGUCCAGAUUGAGUGGACUGACAAAAGAAGCAGGGAGCAUGCAUUCUAUUUCUUGUUUGAAAACUUCAAAAGAUUCUAUCUGCCGCACAUUUUUCAGGACUGGAAUCCAUCAAGAUUGCUCUAUCAAUCCAAUCCUGCUGCACAAGUUCCUCACAGUAGACCUAAGAACAGUGAGUCUGAAAUGUUGAUGACCAGUGCAAGGGACUCAGUUUUACGCUGGUUUGUGGCCUUCACGGUCAGAUUCAAGAGAACUGACAGCACCUCAGAAUCAUUAUUAGCUGUCAAUCAAUCAGUUGUGUCGAUAACAUCAUCAGAGAGUAGUGAGCUAGGCUCCCCUGAUUCAGUCAAAUUCAGUCCCACACUUAACAGAGAAUACUUACCGGAUGCUAGUGAGGUGAUCAGAAAGGUUUUAUACUCCACCAAGGCAAACAUCCGGCUUCUUCAUGAGGUCUUGCGUCAGGCUUUUUGUCUUCCAGCCAAGCAUUUAAGCACCAUCAGGCAGGUCCUGCUUGUGUAUCAUGAGUGGCUUAAGAAUCCUGAAAGACCUACCUUCAUGCUAGAACCCGAUCAGGAAGUAUUUCCUUCUUUGACUGUCAAGGAUGCCAAUUACAGUCCACAAAGUCCCAUUAGAACAUUUUCGUAUUCUUAUGCUGUAGAUAAAGAAAGAGAGAGAGCAUUCAGACUUCCUUGUGAAGAUGUAAGAGCUGGUCUUCAGGCAAAUCUAAGGCUUUUUAUUCUACAUGCAGCUGCAGUGUUCCUUGUUGAGGAUGAUGUGGAUUAUUUGGAUAAACAGGUUGAUGUUUGCAAACGAGUGGUCCAUCUCUAUCGAAGCAUUGUUCUAGAAGUUCCAAUGGAACCAACCACUUGGGAACAGAUGUUAGAAGCUCUACUUGAAGCUUCAAGACAUCUCCUGGUGCCUGAGAAGUCCCAGAACAAAGCUAGCAUAAUAGCUACACAAGUAGCUGGAAGUUUACUUCAGACUUUAUUUGUAACUUGGAUUCGAGCCAAUCUUAAAGUGAAAAUUCCCAUUUCCUUAUGGGACAAGUGUUUAGAAGUUGUUUCAUCUGCAACUCACUGGGAGGAGUUAAUAUCUGAAUGGAGUGUGACAAUGGAAACUUUAACCAGAGUGAUGGCAAGAACAGUCUAUGGCUUGGACAUGGCAGAUCUUCCUCUUGAAAGACUCACUGAGCAGAAACGUAAAAGACGACCACACCUACAACAGGAUAGGCUUCAGUUUACCAAGUCAUCUUUCUCAAGGUGGAGUCGAUUGGAAAAGUCCAGUGGUCCUAAGCAAAUUAUGCCCCAAGAUGAUAAAACUAUUCAUAAUGAAAGGUCUGAACCAUCCAAAUCACCAAAUCCGCUAAGACCUUUACCAGGUCAAGAAGGUGGUCAAGUUUCGUCAGGUAGCUCUCCUAAACAUCCAGAGGUUAAGGUGUUUCCAACAGUAAACAGUGCUUUCUUUCCCUCAAGUACCAGGGAGGAUAAAGUGUCUCCUAUCAGAAAUGCUGCUUCUUUUCCUGUUUUUACUCCAGGUACAGUAACAGGAAAAGAAACUGAAGCUGCUGGCCAGCUUCAGCCUUCAAAAGGUGGCAAAAGAGAAAGCAAAGAAAGGUCUACUGAGGAACCCAAAGCGGGCUUCUCUCUUGCAAGUGAUACAGACAGCGUGGAAAGCCUUGACAUGCCAUCCCCAGCUGAUCAGGAGGCUGGUGCCCUGCCCAAUGAGGAUUCUGAAAAUCUGCUGGAGGCUACUGAUGGAAGAUUUAGGCAACGGUUGAAUCGUUUAAGUAGUAGUGACAGCUACUUGUCAAGCCAAGACAAUAUAAAAUCCAUGGCGUGGUAUGGCAGUAGUCUUGACUUUGACGCGAGUCCAUGUUCCAAGUAUGCACCUGGCUCUGAAUCACCUAAGAUGCUGGGAAAGAUCGAUGAAUCAAAUCUAGAGUCGAAGUUAGAGGACUUGCAACUAAGUCAGCAUCAAGCAGUGCACAGGACAUCCACUCCUUCCCGUAAUGUAAGACUGGGUGAGGGUGAGGUGGGUGUCCUGCCGCCUCUGAAGACAGUCAAGGAGGAGUUCAACCAUGAUACUGAGGGCAGGUCCUCUGCAGAAUCAUCUGGAAGGGCAACUCCUGACAUUCUUGCACCAGGCUCUCGCAGCCCCUCCCCUGAGCCCCACUUGGAAGAUUCACACGAAGAUGAGGGGCUUCUUGAUGACGACUUUGGUGGAGACGACUCUCACGAGGAAGACACCAGUGUGGUGGCGGGAGGGUACAGAGAAGGUUGGGGUCCUGUGGCAGCUGUUGUCCUGUGGCGCAGAAUGCUGGGAAUUCUGGGCAAUGUGAAUAAAAUAAAAAACCCCACAAUCCAUGCUAAAGUGUUUAAAUGUCUUACAGCUAUCUGGAAUAUGUUGGCAAAGAUCCGAUUAAAUCAGGGCAUUUCAUUGGAUAACAAGUCAACUCCAACCAUUCCCGUGUUGCUUCCACCUUUGCAGCACAUGGCCACAUGGGUUUUUGAGGCCGCUUCACUUUCCAUUAACAAUGAAUUUAAAAGUGGCCGUCUUCUCGCCUACAAACUGAUGUGCGCCAUGACUGUGAGCCGUCAAGAUUUGCCGCUGUCACAGGAGUACUUAACACACUUCUACCGCCUUAUGCACAUUGGACUCACAGGAACUGAUCAGGAUGUCACCAGUGCCAUUGUUAGCAGCUGUGCAAAUUUUUUCUCUGUGAUGUUACCCAGUUCCAGUCUUUUGAUUCUUGACUUCAUUCAGGCUGCUAAUGGCGUCGUUACCAGCCAGAACAUGGAGUUACCAAGAGAAGAAGCAGUAACUGUUAUUGGAUCGUUGUUGUGUUUUCCAAACAAUGUUGCGAAUAUGCCCCUUCAUCAGCCUGGACAUCAGACCAAUGAAUAUCAGCCAAAGAGUACAUGUAAAGACGUCAAGGAUAAACUUAUCAGCUCUUUAUUACGAGCGUCUAAGUUAGAUCCGUCAUGUUCUGCAAGAUGUAUCGCGCUUAAUGCCCUUGGUGUAUUCAUAGCUGAGGAGCUGAUUCAUUGCCAAGGACAUCCUAAAGUUCAUGAAUGCCUUUGUGUGCUCUUAGCUUCUAUAACUGUUCGCCAUAUUGGAAAUGACGAAGUUCAUAUCGUUUGGUCAGAACAUUACCGUGAUUACAGACUUGGCAUUGUCAAUACUGACUUUGCGCAUGUCAUGAUAGUCAUUUAUCCGCUGAAGAACCAUUUGUUCAGAAUACAAAUAAUCAAGAAACCAAAGGUACCCAUGUUUGGACCAUUAUUCGACGGUGCUUUGGUGGACAGGAAAGUCUUACCAACACUUGUAAGAGCGACUGCUAUCAACGCCAGCCGAGCAACCAGAGAACUUCUUCCUGUUUACGAGAAAUACUUUGAAGAGAGAGCGGCAUGCAUUGAGCGAAUAGUAAAAAACCACAAGGAACCCACAACUUACGAGGACUUUGCAUCGCUGGUGUUCUGUCCUGUCCCGAAACCCCCGGGAAGUGAGCCCCCUACUCCUAUUUUAUCAGCGGGUGAACGACAUCCAAUUUUGCGCACGCAGACGGCACCUACAGCAAGCAGUUUAUCUGACAGUGAGAAGACAUCCGUGCGAAAUCGAUCCAAGAGUGCUGUUACUUCUCCAAUAUUGUUCAACAACAGAUUAGUCGUGGAAGAGGAUUUCACAUCGUUAACUUCGUCCCUCCCAGAUGGUCUCAAUAAUGUGACAGGCGGCCAGUCAGGUGCAGAUGGAACGAACCCUCGGCAAGACAGAAAGAGGAUAUCACUGCGAUGGAGAAACAGAAUGGCAAGUCAAAGCGCGACUGAAAAGGCGGCUGAUAGCGAGUAAACUCGGUCAAAGAAAAGCAUUUUAUUAGACUGUAAUUUUGUGAUUAAAUUCUGGAAAAAUCUAACCAAGAAAUUUAAGAUAUCUUUCAUGAGGUUUCUGUGAUGGUACUCACUCAAAAAUGGCCAGUAUUCACCAGCAGUCAGUUAAAUUGGAUAUUAGAAACUAGACCAAAAAACAUUCAGUCCAGAAUGUUCCAGGCAGCCAUUUUGUGGUGACGAGCGAGAAAAUGGAGGGGGGGGGGGAAGAGAACUAAUGAGUUAAAACUCCUUCUUAGACCCCCGACGAUUUUUGUUUUCUCUUUUAUUCGCUCGUCUGUUCUAACUGAUAAGCUGGAACGAGUUAAAUCUUGUUGAGAUGUGAAGAUGAUAAGAAGAUACUUUUGGCCGCGAGAAAGGCAGGAACGACUCGCAGAUUCGUGCGCAUGAGAUCAUGCGGUAGAUUCUCAUGUAUGUCUUUUUCAGUUCUAAGGGAUAUCAAACGAAACUCACACAAUAGUGAGGGUGACUCCACAACUUGUGUCGGGGGCUAGUGCGACCUUGCAAAUAUUCUGUUUCUGUUUUUUUUUGUUUUUUUUUGUUUUUUUUUCCUUUUUUGCUCAUUGUAAUUGAACUCACUCUGUAGACAAAAUGUAGAAUUCCAAGUGCUUGACAAAAUUUUUCAUUUGCCUUCUUGAUACAAAUUAUGACGAAGCGUACUUUCAAUACGUUUAGUAUUUGUGCAAUGAUGAGUUUGUUUUCUGUGGUAUGUAUGUGACAGUCUUCACCGCAAAACACUCAAGUUACUAUUUGGCACAAGCUUUUUGGAUCCACGACAGGAUCUUAGCAUCUGUUCCCCCACCCCUCCCCUAACCAAACAAUAACCCUAACUUGUUAUCACUUGACUGUUGUUGGGUUUGGGGGGGGAGGGGUAGAUGAGUAGCUGCUCAGAAACUGACAACGAUCCAGUUUUUCUUAAAAUUUUCGUAGCAAUCACCAUUCAGUAACUUUUUUCAAUAAUAAGUAACUGUUUAAGAUUAUUUUUUAACCUUUCGUGUAUUAAGAGAAACCUGGAGACUGCUUUGUAAUAAUUAAGUUUACAAUAGAGUGUCUAUAUUUUAUAACAGAGAAUUGUACAUACGAAAUGAUUAAUUGAAAACAUUCUCAAGUUUCUCCGUAAAUUAUUGGACAAAUAAUGCCUACUCCUAAUGUAGCUGGAACGGUUAAAAAUUCCAAUAAACAAGUGUUAAGUA